AGAUGAGGAACCUCCUUUGUUCUCUUAUAAAAGGUGUUCUGGAAAGUAACCAGAGGACCAGUUACUUAAGGAUGAAGGAGACAGGUGUGGUAGGGCCCGCGGGGGUAAAUAAGAUGCCUUUGCUGAAAGCCCUGCCCUGUCAGAAGCCCAGAAUCUUGAGCCCAGCCUGGCGACUUGCAGAAUCCCCAAACUGCCAACGCCGACACACGCUCCCAGCCAGUGAAUUCCGAUGUCUUUCACCAGAAGAUGCCAUCGGGGUGUUUGAGAUUGAGCGAGAAGCCUUCAUCUCUGUCUCUGGCAACUGUCCCCUAUACAUAGAUGAGAUCCGGCACUUCCUGACCCUGUGCCCAGAGAUGUCCCUGGGCUGGUUUGAAGAAGGUUCGCUUGUAGCCUUCAUCAUUGGCUCCCUCUGGGACCAGGACAGACUGACUCAGGAGUCCUUGACAUUACACCGGCCUGGGGGCCAUACGGCCCACAUUCAUGUGCUUGCAGUACACCGUACUUUCCGCCAGCAAGGGAAAGGCUCCAUCUUGUUGUGGCGCUACCUGCAAUACCUGUGCUACCAGUCAUCCGUUCGUCGCGUUGUGCUUAUGUGUGAGGACUUCCUGGUGCCCUUCUAUCAGAAGUGUGGCUUUCAGACAGUCGGUCCGUGUGCGGUCAGUGUAGGUACCCUAUCCUUCACUGAACUCCAGUGCCCAGUGCAAGGUCGCACCUUCUUUCGAAGGAACAGUGGUUGCUAA